GACACUAAUACAUCUCUAAUGUGUAUGAGAUGCAGCGUGCAUACGUAAUGUGGCAGUUCAUUGAAUUAUACGCACUAUGUAACUGCUGACUGAGUAGUUGCAAUUCUUGUCUCUCCUUCAAUGGGACAAUGUUACACGAAGCAUAAUAACAAACAUUUCUAAAUGUAUCUUCCUGUACGAAGUCCAGCUCGAAAAUGCUUUUUGGGUUCUUGGACUUAUGAUAGUUAAUGACUAGCAGAUAAUAACCCAUAUAGAACAAAAUCCAAAACAUAUGGCAAAGAUGUCUAAAGGACGUCUUGAUGUCUUUCAGUCAGUAAAUAAGCUACAUGUUGACUGUGAAAAAUGUAGCCUUUAAAGUGAAGUUUUUUAUUAUUUAGAAUAUUUAAAAAACAGUGCACAGCAAAAUGGGAAACAAAAGUGGCUAUUCUUUAUCUCGCCCCAGACUGUCUCGGAAAAAAGGAUACGUACAGAGACGACGACUAUUGCGGAUGAUGCAGGCUGAAAAAGCAAAGCACUCUAAGACCACUGAAGAUGCUAAUGACAAAUGCAACCAUUUUGAUCAAUUUGUCGAAUCACCAAGUGACAAGAUAGAUACUGAAGAUACAAAAAUUGAUAUCUCAAUAAAGCAGUUCCUGGAUUCAACUUCAAACACAAUGUCAGCAUCCACAGACAACAUACCAGAACCACAACUCUUCACACAUUCCAUCAUAAAUACUCAUCCAGUCGACAAAAUGUUAAAGAUGGAGUGUAUAGAAGAACCUCUGAGUGAAACACAGUUGUCCUCUACAAUGAAACUCGAAGAUAUGACAGAUUAUGACAGAGUUGCAGCUACCUUGGAACAACUAGUUGAGGAUUAUGGGGGUAAAUUGGUACGUCAAACUGGUGUCAUCAGUUAUGAAUACACAUUGCCUGCAAAUCAGACGGCGACUCCGACAAUAGUUCCAGACAAUCCUCAGAUCUCAAACGUUACUCAGCAAAAGGAGAAUUCGGCGCCAAUCAAACUGGAAAGCGAUAAUAUAAGUGAGCCUCAAGAAAAUGUUCAGCUGGAAAGCGAGCCAUGUGCAGGAGCUAACUUGGAACCUGUUACACAAACUCAAGGUACAACUACGACGACUACGUCCUCCGUGGCGUCCACCAAUACACAGACACAACAAGAAGAGAAUGUAUUAUCAAUUCCGUUGUAUUUUUCUUUAUCGCAAGUCCAUGGUUUAUAUCAUCUUAAUCAUGUGCUGCGAUUGUUUUCAGUACAUGUAUAACAAAUCUGGGCGUAAGAUAGAAAGAGUUAUUUAUGUGCGCCAACCUGAUGCCAUACAAAAGGUACGGAAAAGUUGGAAGGCUCAGCGGAAUCAGUCGAUUCAGAAACCUAUGGAACGGGCUAGUAUAGGAGGAAUAUCCGUCGGCAGCAAAAAAUUGCAGCUUGCGAACAGAUUGACGAAGCCAAGAAGAAUCAAUCCAGUGAUGGAGAAUCGACGUUUAAUAGGAUGGAGGAUGAUCUUUUCGCUCGAUCUUUCCCCUCACUGAUGGUGGUAGUGAGACCAAGUAUCCGUGACAAAUACAUCAGGUCGCAAGUCGCGCACACGGAGAGACGAGC